AUCAAACCAAGCAGAUGUAGUCUCUCCUUGCUUGUCUCCUUUGGCUGUAGUUGGGUUUUGUGUGGUGCUUCACAAGAACUAGGCUGCUAAAAGUGGUUGUAGUUACGAUAACGUUUUGAAGCAUUUAUAGCUAGAGAUUUACAUGCAUUUGGACAUGGUUUGUUGUUUCACAGAGGCUCAGGUGCAGCUAGGUAGGUUUUGUGCUUGGCAAAGCUUGUACAGCUGCGGAGGAUUUUAGGGGUACCAAGAGGGCCUGGCCAUCUUCCUUCCACACCCAUGAGGACAGCAGGUAGCACAUCCACCGCAGGAGUGACUCCAUGUUUCCAGGGGAUGUAAGCAUGAUGGGGUUCAUGUGCUGGAUGUGCCAGGCUAGGCACUCCCCAUUGCUCUGCAGCACAAAGCAAACCACAGUGCGGAAGAAAAUAUAGCUUUAGAUGCUCAUCAGUGGGGAUUUUGUGGUCAUGAAGUGAGAGGUUUUCUGUGAGCUUAAUGGAAAAAAUAUAUAUAUUUAAUGAGCUUACGAAAAUCUUCUGUAGCAUAUUAAGUUGCACUAAGCUGAGCGAAGCGAUGACAGGAAUAGCUUAUAACUACAAAGUAUGGCUUUGCCUCUCUGUAGACUGCAGAGCAGGCAAGCCAAGAUGGCCAUCUUGCGUCUGGGCUUUUGUUUUGGGGAAGUUUUUUCAGUUAAUCUGGCCACAGAAGUGAAAUGUUUUUCCUCAGCUGUUACGGCUUUUUAGGUUUUGACGUGAAACCAGCUCAGACACACACACACACACCCUUAGUCAGUGACAGGAGUGUUGGACUCUGUUUCGACAGCGGUUAGUGUGCUAUUCUGCAUAGGGAACAUAGCCAAAACCCUGCCUCGGCAUCCCCAAAGAGCAGGACAUGGCUCUCAGGGACUUCUAGCUGUCCCCUCCCUGGCUAUGGGGUGGCCACUGCUGUGUUCAGCAUGCCCCUUGCAGCUGCCCUGGUGCAAGGGUGAUGCUCAUGAUGGUGUGAAGGGCUUGCUCAUGAUCCUGACUCAGAUUUACAUAAAGUUUGGAGGAGCCUCACUGGCACCAGAGCACACAGCUCUACCUGUGCUGCAGGUCCUGCUCCCCAUGGCCAUGGGGGGAGCAUGCAGCCCAUCCCCUGCUGCCAGGAUCCUGCUCUGCACAGCCCUCUGGUUCUUGCUGAGGGUUGGAAACCCCCAAGCCAGUGCCUGCACCAUCUCCUCUUUGCUUUGUUUGAGUUUCUGUUUGCAUUUACUUCACAGUUCCUUUCGCUCUGUUCCGCUUUGCCUUGGUUUCGUUCCGUGCCACAUACCCAUCUUAUUCUUUUCAUUUGUCUUUUCUGUUCUUUUAGUUUCCACCCCUCAGAUAAGCAUGUGCUCCCCCCCCUCUCAGCCCCAGUCUCCACCUCCCACCUGCAGUAACUGGGGUGCUGUGUCCCCACCGCCGCCUCAUGCCAGCGCUGUCUCUUCAGCACCCGCUGUCCUUGAGCCUGCUAGUCAAUCCUCUUUCAGAUCCCUGCAGAGAGUCAGAGACCCCCCCCAGCUUCUGCACAGGCACUCAGCCUCCGAGCUGCCAAUGGCCCGGGGCUCCUCUCCCCCAGCCUGCCCAAACCGCAGGACCAUAAUAACAUCAGGCAUCAGGCGAACCUCGCUGUCUCCACCACCUCCCCAUCCUUCCCACUUUCCCUUCACCUUUCGCCAGCCUCUCAGGCGCUCUUCUCUUUCAUGCUCUCCUCGGUCUUCUGCUUCCUCUGCCACAAAUGCACCACCUCUGCAGAGGGGUGAUGUCCUGCAGCCACGUGGUCCCACCAUCCUGCCUGUCAUUCCUGUCCCACCUGACAGGGGCAAGGGACCCACAGAUAAAGCAAGCCAGGAGACCUUGGCAAACAUACCUCUGAAUGGCUAUCCUGAAGAACAAAUUGCUUUAGGCCCCUCUGGGACCCAGGUGAAAAGUGUGGACAGGUGCUUCUUUCCACACCUAGGAGCUGCACCCUCCUCCCCGCUGCCCACCAUCGCCAGCCCCUCCAGCUCCUUUGGCCAGGCUCCCUCCCCAUCCUCCCAUCCAUCUUCUCGUCCUCCACAGCAGUGGUAUCAGUCCAUGUCACACUGUCUUCCAUUGCCUCCCCCUUCCGCUGCUGUGUCUGAGGUGACUAUGCCCAGGAGGACCCCUCUUUACAUGACUUCAUCAGCCAUUGCCCACUUGAGUAAGUACUGACUUUGAACGAGUUGCGACCUGUAUGAAGCCUUAGCUUUCAGGUGCUUAAAAAGCCUCGUUGGCACGGCCCGUGACCACUAGAAAAAGGGCCGAGGUGCCCAAGGCUGCUCCUGCUGUAUGUGAUUUCUGAAACUAAGGUGGAAAAAUAUCGAAAUUGCUCAGGAAAGGUCCAGGGAUCUCCUGAGCUAAAAGCAAGACAAAAAGCAAGAAUUACAGGACUGGGGCCCUGUAGCUGGGUUGUUGCAGUGCAUAUUCUUACUGUAUUAGCCCAGAAGGAGAUUUUUAUCAUUCAACAGAGUGAAAUUGCAUUUGGCAGCGAGCUUUAUACAAAAUCUAUUUUCAGCUGGUCCAAACAUAGCGGAUGGGCUCUUCUGAAGCUGGAGGCCAGGUCUGCGGUAGACUUGUCUGUUUAGCAAUAUUGGUAGAGGUUGUGAUUUUUAUUCUCUUUCCUAAGCGGUAUUUCUGUUACCAGCAAAAGAGAUAACAUGGAUUUUGUUAUAGUUACCCAGAAUCCCCUCUGCUUGUGUAAUUUAUUUCAUUCUAGAAACUCUUUUCCUCAUAUAAAGUGCAUUUAUACUUUGGUUGAGUUUAUACCAAGUUGAGGGCUUGUCCCUAUAACUAUUCCAGCAAAUCUUUUUCAUUGCAGGCAGACCAAGAGCUUGGGUCUGCCACUUUGCAUAUGGUCUUGAUUUCUAGUGCUUGUCUAAAGCCUGCAGAGUCAGAACACUUACGAGUAAUGCCUAUUUGCAAUUCAGAUCAUAUGUUUUGUGACUUGGAUCCAUUCCUGUUUAUAACCACAUAUAAUGCUUAAAUGACGUGCCUAGAAAAGGAAGAAAACUGAGACAUUUCUUCUCACUUUCUGCUGAAAAUAUUACUGCAACCACUGGAGGCUCAGUCUUCCAGCUGAUAUAAGUCCUUGAAAUCCACUUAGUUCAAUAAACUUAUUUUAAACUCACAUUAGUCCAUUACUUUGACUCAGUUCAAUUUUUGCCUCAGGCUGGCCUCUAAUUAGGUGGGUGUAGUUUUGCAAUUACAAUUAACAGUACCCACAAUGAAUUACUAGCUAUUAUGUUUGUGAACCAGAGAGGGCUUGAAACAUUUAAAGUAUUUCUGGUAGCAGCCAUGGUUCAUUUCAAGAAUGGAAUUGGAAGUGUGAAAUAAUAGCAGAGGUAACCACAGAAAUAAGGCAGUAGCGUAAGAAAACCUAGAUAAGAAGAAAACCAGGCUGCUAAUGUUAAAUACAGAUUCCAAAUGUUCCUCAGCCAAAACCCACCUGUCUUUCAACAUAACACUUCCUGAACAACUGAACCUGUGAUUAUGUAUCAGGAGCAGCCUGUGAGCUCUGAGAGAGUGUAACAUGGGGAAAUAUCCUCAGGGAGGUGUAUUUGUUCAACUGACCUGUUAACAGACAGGCAGAACACUGCAACGGAGUUACCCACCGCCAGCCCCUCCAACAGGCUGCUGCUCAGGGAAGCUUGGCUGGACCUCGAGGUGCUUGGAGCUGGUCUCCCCCGUGUCAUUUUGCAAGACCAGCUGAGGCCACACACCUGUGCAACAGAAAGGAGGAUGUGUCACUGUAGCCCAUGAUUCUGGUGAAAAGCUGAUGUUAACCACCGUCUACAGAGUUGGCUGAUGUCAUUUCAUAUCUCCAUGUAGAAAGCUGUGAGAGAAGUGAAGAAGCUGCCACUUAUGAAUUGGGAAGUGUUGUCUGUGUUUUGAUUUUGGCACAGAAUAAAGCACUAGCCCAGCCAGGGAGAAGAGGAGGGAGAAAGCUAGUUUAUCAGUGACAGUGUCUCACAGGAGGACACAACUGUAGUUGAUGGACCAUUGAUGCAACCACCAUUUCCCAUUCUUCUGCGUGCUUGGUGCUUCCUUGCAUUGAUCACUCGUCAUGCAGUUAGGUCAUGGCCUUGGGAGCAGGAGCAUGACUUUGCGUACAGGCUGGAGGAGGUUGCGUUUCAUGUCUAAUUGGUAUUCUCUGCA